CCAAUCACAGCAGGCCGUCGGCAGUAAUUUAUUAUUUCAUUGGAAGGCGGUAAACGCUUUCAUCUCUGAUUAAUUUACAAGCAAGUGUUGUUAGACGUUUUGUAUCCUGUCCUGUGGGGCGGAAUUUUCAUUAAGUCAGUGCAAUGUGUUUUUUCAUGUUCAUAGCAUGAUUGGCAGCUGGAGAGCUAGCGCGAAGCGCGUAAGAAUUUUCUCGGCAUACCACUGGUCUUUUUCACUCUGGAGAUCAGGAGUAGCUGGUUGUGUGUAUUUUUUAAUGGAGUAAUGAACUGUUUAUUGUGAGCGAAUAUUUUCCCAUCAACAUGAAUUUGUCGGAUGAAAUGCUGACCACUCCUAAUGCCCAAUAUUUACAUCCAGAUUAUUUACAGCCUUUGCCGACCACCCUGGAUGCUAAGAAAAGUCCCUUGGCUCUGUUAGCACAGACUUGUAGCAGUAUUGGAAAGGAUCCGUCCCCGACAGGCAAAUCAAUAAUUCCACCAUUUGGUAAAAAAGAGUCCGAAAAGGGACAGGAAAAAUCCCAGACACCUGAAAAUAAAAGGUCUAGCUCUUCUAAUAGCAAACCAGAAUCCCAAACACGGGAUACAUCCAGCGAAAAACCCGGAUUUAGAACUGUUCCGUCGAAAGACGUACCACCCUUGGUUCCAAUAACUUCGCAGGAGAAAUCAAAGUCUCCGGUUAAUACCGUGAAAAAGUCUACAGAAUCCGCAAAAGUAUCUGUCUUAAAGACUUCCUCGCGCAGCUCUCCACCCUCUUCCACUAGUUCUCAAACAACAGCGCCAAGCAGCCGAGGAUCCGACACGGAGGCCGAACCUCGAGAAUCUACCACAAAAAGCCGAACUACACCGGAAACCUCCAUCUCGUCCAAGACGAAUCCAUACCCCUCUGUUCCGGGUUUUGCCGGUUUAUCUGGAUUCCCACAUCCUUAUCCUGGAUUCCCCUAUUUAGGACACGGACUUCCGGGUGAAUUGUCGUCUUCCAUUCCAUAUCCCUCAUCUCUUACCGCACAUGCUGGACUGUAUUCAUCUAGUAGUGCGGCAGCAGCAAUGGCUCUAGCUCAGAGUCAAGCGGCAGCCCUUAAACAUGCCUCGGCUCUGUCUUCCCCCUACGUCACAUACACCCGUGUUCGAACUCCUUCAGGGUCUACAACUCUGGUUCCCGUGUGUCGUGAUCCAUACUGCAGUAACUGUCAGCUAACUAUGCAAACUCAGCAUUUGUCUUCACAGUGUACUGCCCCAGGGUGUGCUCAAUGUGCGCAUGAAAAAUCCCUUCACAGUCUCAGUGGACUUGGAUUAGCAGGAUCAGUGCCGAUGCUGCCGGGAUUUCCGGCUUCGGCAGGUGCUUCUGGAUUACCAUCGCUACCAUCAUCACUUUCGUCUCUUUAUCCACCAGGAGCACUCGGAGCCCCUCAGGGACUACCCUUUGUGUGUAACUGGAUGGCUGGUACUGACUAUUGUGGAAAACGUUUCACUACUUCUGAAGAUCUAUUACAACAUCUCAGGACUCACACUUCUUCAACAGAAACUAGUUCAUUAGCCGCUGCAUAUGGAGGACUGUCGGUUUUCCCACCGUCCAUCAACCCCGUUUCGCAUCUCCCCACUCCUGGAGCUAUAAGUCCAAAUUCGAUCAGAAGAUCAUACCCCACUAGUCUUAGUCCAGUCAAUGGUUUGUUGGGAGCUAACAGAUACCAUCCGUACAAAUCUCCAGUGUUAUCCAGCCAAAGUGUUCCUCCUCUAGGACAUUACUACUCCCCAUAUGCACUUUACCAGCAACGAUUAGGAGCCGUGCCGUAAGAAGCAAAAUAUAGAAAUCCAUUAUUUUUUCUGUGUGCCAAUAAUGUGCAAAAUGGGAGUUUGACAGUGCUAUAUGUGGAAUGCGUUAGAAUUUUGUGUUUAUUUAUGACCAAAUUUUAGAUAUAAUAUAAGAAAUGUUUUGAUAUUUUUGCAUUAAAUAUGGAAUAAUUCAA